AUAAACGGUCUCCUCUGUUCAACCUUUCGCGUCAUUGCCCGCCCCUUUAUUUCUACACUGUGCUUUGUUCUGAUCGUUCAGAGAUGGAGCUGGGGCUUAGCUUGGGAGAGCCGCCGGCCAGGCCAGCGGAGAAGAUUAUCGGCGGCGUAGGGCCGAGUACCAAAUUGAAGCUGGGAUUUUGCAUGGAGGUAGGAGUUGGGCGAGACGGAAGAUGCGAAGAAAAUGAAGAAGAGAUUGGAGAGAAAAAUUUAGAGCUGGACGAGACAGAGACAAGAAGGUCUGUGGAUUCUUUGGUUCAGCUUAACCUUCUCCCCCUUGUUCCCUUUUCUCACCAUGAAAUGGGGUUUCCAUGGUCGACGGAGGACAGGAGUUUGGAGGUCACAGCUCGGGUUUUGGAUGCGAACCAGGCUCCAUCAGCGGAAGACACGGCUGCCGUGUCAUCAUCACCGAACAGUGCAGCUUCAUCCUUCCAUGUGGACUUUGGUGGUGGAGUUGGGCUUGCGGCGACGGUCAUGGAGAGGUCGUCGUCAAGGGCGAGCGACGAGGAGGACAACAGCGGGUCGAGGAAGAAGCUCCGACUUUCCAAGGAGCAGUCCGCUUUCCUUGAGGAGAGCUUCAAGGAGCACAGCACCCUCAACCCGAAGCAGAAGCUUGCUCUUGCUAAGCAGCUUAAUCUUCGGCCCCGGCAGGUUGAAGUUUGGUUUCAAAAUCGUCGUGCACGAACUAAGCUGAAACAAACGGAGCUGGACUGCGAACAGUUGAAGCGGUGCUGUGAAACUCUUACGGAAGAAAACCGUCGGCUUCAAAAGGAGUUAUCCGAACUCCGAGCCCUCAAGUCCUCACAACCCUUCUACAUGCAGCUUCCUGCCACCACUCUCUCCAUGUGCCCCUCCUGCGAGCGCGUAUCCUCCAAUUCUUCCUCAACAGCCGCUACAAACCCAUCUUCCACUGCCGGUUCAAAUCCUCCUGCCGGUUCUGAUAAGCCGCCGGUCCCCUUCGUUGCUUCUCUCUUCCCUAAUCCCCGGUUCUAUCCUUUCGCCCAUCAGCCCUCGGCGGCUUCCUAAAGGCCAAUACAAUGCGCAUGGCAUGACGUGUAAAUAUUUUUUUACUGGAGGACUUUUUCCCGUAGCCCUACUUUUUUUCCUUUCCCCUAAUCAUUAUGAGCACGGAAAUGUUUUGGCUUUUUCCUUCUUUUUUGGGCUUAUAUUUUCUUAUAUGGGUUUAAAUUACCUCAUCAGCCCUGGUUUUUAUUU